UUCUGAAGGGAUCACACCUGGAGUGUUAGGUGUAUUCCGGUGUGUCGGUUUGCUUGACCGUUUGUGCGGGAGGAGGCGGCAGCUGCUGGAUUCAGGGAAUAAAAGACAACAGUAUGGACGGUCACGGGAGGAAAGUCGUGGUUUGUGACAACGGAACCGGGUUUGUCAAAUGUGGAUAUGCAGGCUCCAACUUCCCAGAACACAUUUUCCCAGCGCUGGUUGGCCGGCCAAUCAUCCGCUCCACAGCUAAAGUUGGCAACAUUGAAAUCAAGGACCUGAUGGUGGGGGACGAGGCCAGCGAGCUGCGCUCCAUGUUGGAGGUGAACUACCCCAUGGAGAACGGUAUCGUCAGGAACUGGGACGACAUGAAGCACCUGUGGGACUACACCUUUGGCCCCGAGAAACUCAACAUCAACUCGCGCGACUGCAAGAUCCUGCUGACGGAGCCGCCCAUGAACCCGACCAAGAACAGAGAAAAGAUCAUCGAGGUGAUGUUUGAAACAUACCAGUUCACGGGAGUUUAUAUCGCAAUCCAGGCCGUCCUCACCCUCUACGCUCAAGGACUUCUGACUGGAGUGGUGGUUGACUCCGGCGACGGCGUCACUCACAUCUGUCCGGUGUACGAGGGCUUCUCCCUGCCCCACCUGACCCGACGCCUCGACAUCGCAGGGAGGGACAUAACGCGCUACCUCAUCAAGCUGCUGCUGCUGCGAGGCUACGCCUUCAACCACUCGGCGGAUUUUGAGACGGUGAGGAUGAUGAAGGAGAAGCUGUGCUACGUCGGCUACAACAUCGAACAGGAGCAGAAGCUGGCGCUGGAGACGACGGUGCUGGUGGAGUCGUACACGCUCCCGGAUGGCAGGGUGAUCAAGGUGGGAGGUGAGAGGUUCGAAGCCCCCGAGGCUCUGUUUCAACCUCACCUCAUCAACGUGGAGGGGGUGGGCGUGGCCGAGCUGCUCUUCAACACCAUCCAGGCCGCAGAUAUCGACACCAGAGCUGAGUUCUACAAGCACAUCGUCCUGUCCGGAGGCUCCACCAUGUACCCCGGCCUGCCGUCCCGCCUGGAGCGUGAACUCAAACAGCUCUACCUGGAGCGAGUGCUGAAGGGAGACGUCGACAAGCUCUCGAAAUUCAAGAUCAGGAUAGAGGACCCCCCUCGGCGUAAACACAUGGUGUUCCUGGGCGGAGCCGUGCUGGCCGACAUCAUGAAGGACAAGGACAACUUCUGGAUGACGAGGGAGGAAUACCAGGAGAAAGGGACGAGAGUGCUGGAGAAGCUGGGAGUCACCGUCAGAUAAAACACAACAAACAAAAACACCAACCCCACCACCCCCACCGUCCGCCCCAGCUGAUACCCACGCAUUGCUCACCUUGAUGUGUCUGAGCGGUCACACGCUGUCAUUUUGAAAAGCAGAGAGGGAAGGAUGGAUGAGGGAGGGAGGGAGAGAUGAAGGAUGUAGAGUCUGGGGUAUAAGUUUUAUGGAGGGGGCACGUCACCAAAAAUACUGGGAAAUGUGUUCUGAGUCGCCUGACGUAGUGUGAUUAACAGCUGCAGAUACUGCAGCUCCACUCAGAGCAGUGGUGUGAUAUUCUGGGAAAUCCACUCAACGGUCUUUCUUGCAGAGAUGUAGAAGAUAAGUCUGGUAUCACUCUCACAUUUGCCAGUUAGACGUGAAGCUGCAGCCAGAUAGCUUAGCUUAGCAUAAAGACUGGAAACGGGGGAAACAGUCUGGCCCCGUCCAAAGGGAAGAAAAUCCCCCUUCCAGCAGCUCUAAAGCUCUGAAGGCUUGUACAGAUUAAACAAACAAACGUCUUCAGAGCUGCUGGUAGGUAGAUUUAAUUCCCCUCGGACACUGAGGCUAGCUGUUUCCCCGUUUCCAGUCUUUAUGCUAAGCUAACUGGCUCCAGCUUCAUGUUUAGUGGACAGAUAUGAAAUAUGAUAUGAUAGAGUGGUGCCGAUCUUCCCAUCUAGUCUUGGCAAGAAGACAAAUACAUGUGCGUGGAUUUCCAAAAAUAUCUAUUGCUUUAAGGACGAACUCAUCAUCUAUGGCAUUAAAAGGGCCGACUGUCCUCUCAGAGACCAGUUCACUUUGAUAUAAUGGAGCCCAGGUCCAGCUCCUGGUUUUCAAGAGGAGGAGGAGGAGGAAUGAUGAUGAUUAUUAUUAGUGAAGCCUUGGAGUUGUGUUCCCUCCGCUGUAUAAAAAAAGUGUCACCUGCUCUGUCAGAACAGAUGCUGGAGCCUCACAGAACAAACAGAUCAUUACGUACUGUGCUUUUUAAAAUACUCAAUCCACGAAAACCCCCUCCCGCCACAUUUCCUGUCUAAUGUUUUUAGAAUGAAAUCCUUCAUUGAGUCGCUGUACUGUAGGUGCAGACGGGCAGGCGGACAUUUUUAACUCGGCUCCUCGGCUGUCAGUCUCAGUCUCUGCUCAGUCUUCUUCCUGAAUCUCUUGAGUUGGAUGGUUUGACUUCUUGUGGUGAGCAGGGUUUUGGUUACGGAGCUUUUAAUGACUUUGAUUUCAGUGUCUCUGUAUCCAGUUUAGGACCAACAAGUCAACCACUGCAGAUCCAGGAAGAUUUAAUGAUGAGCACAAAAAAUGUUUUCCAUUCCUUAACGGUUACAAAGUCAUUCCUUAGUCUUGAUCCAGGACUGUCACACCACAGAUCCGUGUCCUGCAUCACUGUCCCCAGAAACUCGACAGUUCAGUCACCGGGCAGCUUUUAAAAUUUGUUACAGGAAGAAAAAAUUAAUAGUAUGAACUCACCGGAUGUAGCCAGUCUGUUGCGUGACCUAUCCGGCAGGAAAAAAUGACGUUAGGUACGUUGUAAAGUAGAAAAAAACGUGUACCUACUUGUCCUGAUGCCUGAAGCCAUUUUAUUCAGCAGUGUAUCUGUAAUACUGCCCCCUGCUGUUGAGCAGUGGCCAUUUCACCAAAUCUGCAACAUUCAAGCUCGGAUUUGAUCGUGAAAUCAUUCCCUCUCAUGUCGAUUUGACACGUUUUACCAAAAUACACACUGUACUCGUGGCCUGUGCAUGAACAUGUAAAUUUAGAGAGCUGCACAGAUUAGUUGAUCUUUCGAUU